AUGCCAAAAUUCAAGCGGCCAUUUGGCGCUGCGAAAUUUUUCGUGGUAGGGUGCAGACGUCAGUGUUUUCUACAAAAAAGUAUUCGAUGCGGUAGCUGACAAUUAUGAGACCUUUGAUGAUUAAUAAGAACGCUUAACCCGACUUUAGCGAAAAAUUUUAAUAUCUGAUGUUUCACUUGACCAAAUAUUUGAACGACUGCACGGAGUCGUGCAAUAACCAUACAAUCAAAAUUUUAAUGUGAUAAUUAAGGUGUCUGUUCCGUAUGACGAUCAAAAAACCAUGAAUUUGGCCCACGAUUGAGUCAUAAAAUACAGUCUGAACAUUAGAGAUCAACUCUUUCAAUCUCUCCGUUUUCAAUUUUAACAUCUUCACUCUAAGUGACUCUGAUUCUGAAAUAAUGACUAAAAUACGAGCCUUUCCAAGUGAGCUGCAACAUUUUGACCGAAAGCCGGGUACCCCGUGGAAGUCGGUAGUUGUAAUUGCUCUUCUAAACUACUGUAAUUUCAUCCAAUUUAGCCUGUAUUUUAGCUCAUUGUGGCCAUAUUUGCAGGUGGUAAGUGGUGGCAAAAGAGACGAAAUUUAAUUUUUCAUACAUUUGCUCUACUAUAGACGGUUUUUUUCAGCUAGAUAAGGCCUCUACAGAGCAAUAUUUUGGGGUUGUUUUAUCGGCAUUUUCUUUGGCUCAAAUCAUCGCCUGUCCCCUCGUUGGCUACUGGAGCAACAGGCACGAAGGGCUAAGGAUUCCACUGGUAUUUUGUCAUACUUUGUCGGCAAUCGGAAAUUGCAUGUACUUUUGCGCUCAAGCCGCUGAAACUGGCGCUAAAAGACGGUUGAUUGUGCUGAUAUCAAGACUAACAUUGGGAUUUGGAUCAGGUACGCCAAAUCAAUAUCUUUCACAUAGCACUGAUCUCAAUUCUAGGAGCUAUCGGGCUCUUCCAAAGCUAUGCAGUCAUGGCCAGUACGAUAGAAGAUCGCCCUCGGGCAAUAGCGCUGAUUACGGGUGGUGGAGCUCUUGGACUCACCACUGGACCAGGUAUAAUAAACUCAUAAGGAAAUCGUAUUCUUUUAGUGUUUUGCGAUUGUAUCUACCACAUUAAAAUUUGACGCUCGACUUUUCGGGGCAGCGACAAUUCGAGUGAACUAUACUAUGGAUCGCCUCGGUUCGUCGUUGUAUGCAUGGGAGAGGCUAGGAAAGGCGUAGUUAGUAUAAAUAAUAAGAUUUAUCGGGUUCUAGGAUAGCUUAUCACCUUUUUUGAGGUAUUUUACAUGUAUAUACUCACAUCAAUAAUGUCUAGAUAAAAGUUACGGAUCUUCUUUUAAAAAUUUUUUGGUCUUGUGUAUUUUCCAAUAUCUGAGGAUAAAGGAAACUAACGUUAAUAAUAGCUAAAAUUAGAAAAAGUGGACAUGUUGCAAGUCUCCGCCAAGCCUUCAAUCGACCAUCCAACAGCCUUACCAGGUGUCGUAGGCACUUCCUACAUCCUAUUUUUGAGGUAUGCACCUGCCCUACCCUCCGUAUCAACCGACUUUGUGUUAACGAACUGUCAUCGACCCAAAAAGUCGGGACGCGUAGAAUUUGACACCUUUAUGCAUCUCGUAUUUUAAAAGCCAUGUGGAAACUCAGAUACCCCUGGUUUUAUUUUGUCUUGUAUUUCAGCUCUGCAACUUCUCUUCACUCCUCUGAGUUACCCUGGAAUCCCCAUUACUUCCGGCUUGUUAUUCAACAUGUACACAACUCCGGCGCUCUUCGGACUAUUGGCUAGUUUGCUGGGAAUAUUGGUGCUAAACUGCGUUUUCCAAGAAAGAUAUGCCGGGAUUUUAGAGAAGAGUGGGAAGGUAAAAUUUUCAAUAUACUUUAAUCUGUCGGGAAAGUAAGUGGAUUUGUCGUCGCCCAUCGUCCUGCAACGGGUAGAAGCGGUUGGAGAUUUGGUGAAACAUUUUGCUGGGACAAGUCCACAUUAUUUUCCCGACAUAAUGAUAAAUAUCAUAACCUAAAAAAAAUGCAGUUAGAAAAGCAAGACGAAGAUCUGCCGCCGUAUGACAAAACUGCAGUCCUGAUUUGCUGUGUUACCAAGUUCACGCAAAUGUUUACUUUCACCAAUGUGGAGACGUAAGUAGAAACACAAAACUUGACAUAAACUCUGAUGUUGUAAGUGUAAGCGCUUACGUUUAUUUUUUACAGAAUCGGAAGCCCAUUAGCAAUGACAAUGUUCGGCUUCAAUAAGCACCAAGCCGUUACGGUGGUCGCGAUUGCGCACACAUUCCUCAGUGCCACUGCAUUUUCGGUCAACGCAACUGUAGCUUGUACGAGAGUUGGGAAAUUGUAAGUCAAGCUAAGCCAGUAACACGGAGUAGUAAUAAAACUAGAAAACAUUUUAAAAAUAGUGUUGGCUCUAUGCUAAGUCAUAUUCAAAAUCCUCCUAGCUCCCGUGGAAAAUUUUAAAAGGGCUCUGGGUCCGGCACCGGCUCCCUUGCAAUUUUUUUUUAAAUAUUUUUCCAAAGGUAAAAGCUAUUAGUGCCGGAGAUGACACACCCAACGUUUCUGAGCCAAGUCGCAAUUAUCUUAUUGCUUUUGUCAGUUGUGACAGUUCGUUUGGACAAAACUCAAAAUUGGGCGAGAGACAUUUUUGUUCUAUUCCGGUUUGCCGUGGUGUAGCAUGUCCAACAAUAGCUCAACAAAUGCUCCUGGUCGAUAAAAUGGUGCGUAGUUUUUAUCUUUAUAUUUGCUUUUCUUUGGAGCUGCGGAGGCCGCUGAUUUCUAUUGCUGCAGACGGCGGUCAAAACAACAAUACGGAUGUUUUUCAGAUGACUUUUGAAGUAUCAGUGCAGUUUUAGGUAGAAUCAGUGAUGGGUAUCUUAUCAUACCUAAACUUAUAGAUUUGCGAUGAGUUCAGAUCCGGUUUCGAAGUUUUCAGCGGGCAAAUAACUCACUAUAUAAGCUCUGUCAGCGUUUUGAAAGUCAACCAGCAAGGGAAAAUACGCCUUCAACGGUCCAUUGUAGCAAAAUACGCGAGAUGAAAGCGCUUAUGAUUCUUUCUCUGGUCAUUGGCCUUGCUUUGGCUCUGAAUCCAAGCCAUCCGAAGCCCAACGCCGCUAAGAAAAAUGUUGCUGUAGAUGACCAUCGCCGCACUGUAGCGCCAUGCCCAAACGCCCAGGCCUACAAUGACUGCAAUCCGCCAUUUGGCCGACAUGUGAUUCCAUGCGACGAAACCUGCACGAACGGCGGCGACGUUGCGACUUGUUGCAGAGCUCAUGGCUUUGGAGAUGGAGACUGCGACGGUGCAGACCAUGCACAAUGCUGGAGCUGA